AUGAUCCCUAAUCAUCACCUUCAAACUAUAAAUAUUAUAGUUCCCUCCAAAAGCUUCAACCACACACCAUUUUUUCCAUUUUCAUCUUCCUUCACCUUCAUCCUCUCAUCUCUUUCUCUCUGCAAUCUACAAUCACCUUCAACCACAACCUUCAUUCAUCUUACACCAUGCUCCAUCUCUGCACUCUCUCAAUCCUCACCGUCACCACCACAAACUCUCUGGAUCUCUCUCUGUUACGCUGACACAGAAGCAACAAGAAGAAGAGGAGAAAGAAAAUGGAAUCUAAAACGAGUAAUUAAAGGAGUGUCUUCUCCUCUGCUUCUUCAUCUUUUCUAA